AUGCGGGGCCAUCCCCUCCUGUCGCUUUCGACCGUCCUGGCACAUGCAACGUUGAGCCUGUGUGGACGGAAGCCUUUCAAUGUUUAUGAAGAUGUCCUGGCGUUUCCACAGUUCGAGGUUGUUUUUCCUUACGAAUAUAUCCUUUCUUCAGAGGCUCAAGAACGGUUAGCACCUCAACAAUCCCCCAAGUUUAAUACUGCCACUUCCUCAAUAUCCGCCCCAUCACCUGCCGACUCCUCCAUAGUCUCGGACAGGUCCCGGCAUCAGGUACCAUUAAGAGAUGGGACAAAAGAAGACCAACAUGCACCCCCACCAGUCCUUGAUGAGAAGGUUGAGAGCUACGAGGAGAUGGUUCUGGAUGGGAUGCGAUACGUUUGUACGGUACCUAAAGUGGUGACGAUCAACGAGACAAAGGAGGCCGGCACUUCCCCAGCAGAACAGGAGAAGGAACUCGCACGAGCCGCUGAUCGCGGGCUGGAAUUACUAAGUGAAAUGAAGGGGUCGUGCAUGUACUACGUUGCGGGGUGGUGGUCAUAUUCCUUCUGCUACAUGGAUCAGGUGAGGCAGUUUCAUGCUCUCCCGCCGGGGAAUGGAGUCCCCGUUUAUCCGCCUGCUGAGGAUCCCACCACGAAUUCCUACGUCCUAGGGAGAUUCCGGAGUGAGAAGGGUGGUAACAGUGAUCGUGAUGCCAAGGGUAGCCAGUCGUCGUCAGGUGACAAGAAGCCUACGACUGAGGUGGCGGAGCUACAGACCAAGGGCGACUCGCGAUAUCUAGUGCAGCAUCUGGAAGAUGGCACCGUCUGCGACUUGACUGGCAGGGACCGUAAGAUCGAGAUCCAGUUCCACUGCCACCCGCAGUCAACGGAUCAUAUUGGCUGGAUCAAGGAAGUUUCAACCUGCACAUACCUGAUGAUCAUUUAUACCCCUCGCCUGUGUAACGAUGUCGCAUUCCAGCCACCGAGGGAACACGAUCCGAAUCCGAUCGUGUGCAAGGAGAUUAUUGAAUCGGACGGUGUUGAUGAUUUUGAGGAGACAAAGGCUUUUCAAGAGAGUGAGGAAUAUCUUAUAGAGGUGCAGAAGCGCCUAGGGGAUAAAUUGCAAGUUGUUGGAGAUAUACAAGUUGGAGCGAUGAAGCUUGUUGGGCGGGAGGGGAAGCGGAUUGAGAAGGGUAAAGUUGCGUCUGCCGGGGAGGAGAGAGUUGAAAUUGUGGCUAAACGCGAGGCCGGGGAGAUUCACAGGCUGUCGAAGGAGGAGCUUAAGAAGUUCAACCUUGACGUGGAUAAGAUUGAGACGUUGAAGAAGCAGCUGGAAGAACUUGCGGAGGGCAAGAAUUGGAAAUUGGAGGUUAUCGAGGCAAAUGGGAGAUCGAUGCUGCGUGGUGUGAUUGAGACUGGGUCUGAUGAAAAUGAGGAGGCGGCGGAGAAGAAAGGGGCGGGCAAGGAGAUGAAGUCAAAGGAUGAUGCGGAGAAGCGGAAUCAAGGCAAUGAGGAGGAAGGCAGUGAUGAGACGUAUAAAGAUGAACUGUGA